AUGUAUGGAACUCAAUUGUUAACUGCUGUUGGAAUUGAUCCAAAUAACAAUAUCUUUCCAAUAGCAUAUGUAGUUGUAGAGAAGGAAAGAAAGGAAUCAUGGGAAUGGUUUUUGAAUUAUUUGAAGAUUGACUUAGACAUUGAUGAUACUAGUACUUGGACCUUCAUGUCGGAUAAGCAAAAAGGUUUGAUUGAAGCGUUCAAUGAAGUAUUGCCAUAUGUUAGUCAUCGAUUCUGUGUGAGACACCUCCAUAACAACUUCAAGAGGGCCGGAUUUGGUGGUGACUCACUCAAGAAUGCCCUUUGGAAGGUUGCAAGAGCUACGAUAGUAGAGUGGUUUGAUGAUUGCAUGGUUGAUAUCUUUGAUCUUGAUCCAGAAGCUGUUGAUUGGCUCAAGAACAAGCCACCUACUGAAUGGUCUAAAUCUCACUUUUCCGAAACUGUGAAAUAUGAUACCUUACUCAAUAAUAUAUGUGAAUGUUUUAAUAGCAUGAUCCUUGAGGCUAGAGAUAAGCCGAUUAUCACUCUAUUGGAGAAGUUAAGGUACUUACUUAUGUCGAGGAUGCAAGCAAAUAGGGAUAAAGGUGCCCAGUGGAAUGUUGGUGAUAUUUGCCCUAGGAUUAAGGAUGUAUUGCACAAAAAUCAGGCUAAGGCAGCUGAAUUUAUUCCUAGGAAAUCAAAUGAGUGGAAUUAUGAGAUAAUAGGGGCAAGCAUAAUGAACAAUUGGGCUGUGGAUUUACUAAAUAGAAAAUGCAGUUGUAGGAGAUGGGAUCUAACAGGAAUUCCUUGCAAACAUGCCAUUGCCGCAAUUUGGGCUAAACAUGAUGACAUUAACUCAUACGUGGAUGAUUGUUAUAAGGUAGAAACUUAUAGAAAAAUCUAUGCAUUUUCUAUUCUACCUAUGAACAGUCAAGAGAUGUGGCCUAAGUCGAGAAACAUACCUCCUUUGCCUCCACGGUUGGUAAAACAAAGUACCAAAGGAAAAAAACAAAAGCAGUGGAGAAAAGAACCAGAUGAAGUGGGAGCAAGUAGACAAAAAAUGAGAAGGAAGCAAAAUAACUUGGACUGUAGCUUAUGCCACAAACCAGGCCAUAAUAUAAGAACCCGUUAGCUUUAAAUCGUGUGUAUCCAGAUUCUCAUGAUGAUGAGACAACGCAACAAGGAUCGUCAUUUCCUACUGUACCUUUUGCUCCUACAAAGCUUACGGUGAGAAGAGGACCUGCUAGCGAAGAACAUAUGAAAGCAACUCAAGAAAGUGGAGUGUCUGACAACUCAUUUUUUAGUAUGUAAAUUGUUGUUGUAAAAGAUUGUGUUUUGCUGCUGUUGAAGGAAAAUUUUUGCUGCUAUAGAAGGAUAAGUUUUGCUGCUCUAAAAGGAUAGUUUUGCUGCUGUGAAAGGUUAAUUUUUGCUGCUGAAGUCUGGUGUAAAUGAGUCGAUGUUGCUAUUGAAGACGAUGUGGAUAGGUUUAUAUGCAUAGCAGACUAAAAG